AAUCAUAGCCGUCCGUCCCCUGUUUUGCACGACUAUAAAAGCUCCCCACCAAAUCACAUUCCCCCUCGCCCAAUUAGAGUAACACGGAAGAACGUAGUCGUGAAGUGUGUGGAAGCUUCUCGAGCCAUGUCCACCGAGGACGGAGCUGAGGUCGCCACCGAGGAGGUGCCGAUGUUCACAGAGGAAAAGCCGGCGAAGGGGAAGAAGGCGAAGGUCCCGAAAUCCCCCAAGGAUAAAAAGCGCACGGGUUCCAAGCCUUCCGCCCCGUCUCACCCGCCUUAUUUCCAGAUGAUCAAGGAGGCCAUCAUUGCCCUUAACGAGAAGACCGGAUCGAGCCCUUACGCGAUCGCCAAGUUCAUAGAGGAGAAGCACAAGGGAGUGCUGCCGCAGAACUACAAGAAGGUCUUGGCUGUCCAGCUGAGGAACUUCACGGCAAAGGGGAAGCUUGUGAAGGUAAAGGCUUCAUUCAAGCUGUCGGAGGCCCGAAAGAAUCACGAGACGAAGAAGAUGGAGAAGAAGCAGCAGCCUGAACGGGAGGCGAGGAAGCCAAGGGAGGCUACCAAGAGGAAAGCUUAUGCAGGUACAGCGAAGAAGGCAAAGAAGGCCGCUGCUCCGAAGCCGAAGCAGCCCAAGUCGAUCAGGUCCCCUGCGGCGAAGAAGGCGAGAAAGGCCGCUGCUUGAUGGUGCGGAGGGCUCAGUUCUGCGACUGUGUUCGUGCUCAGUAUAUAGGAUGUGUCCGUAGGGUUAAGCCGCUCUGGUCUUUGAUGCUGUCACCCUUCACGUUCAUCUUGUAAUCUAAUCCUUCUCUUCUUCCACCUGCUAAUAGCAUACGAUGCUUCUUCUGCAACAAGACUCGAAAGCAUAUACAGUGAUUGACGCAGUCACGACUGCGUUUCUUCCGGGAAACGAUGUCUGGGAUCCUAAAGAUCUAUGAAAGCUAGUGAAGAUG